AUGCGCCCAGUUCACAGCUGCCAUCCGCUUCAAUUUAGCACAUCUCCAAACCUGCAAUUAACUCUAUUGAGCGUUUCACUUUGUGGAAAAGGAGCAAACGCAGACAAUGCCAUAAGGAGUGCACAUGGAAGAAAAAGCAGGCAAAUCCAGCAUGGAAAACAAGGUGAAAGAAAUCAUAUAUUCCCCCACUUUAAAGAGAGAGUAAGUUUUAAAGAGGAAACUAUGGCUUCAAACAGCGUAUUUGAGUCAUUUCCUUCUUACCAGCAGUGCUUCAUGAGAGAUACCAGCACCAGCCGCCGCUUCACGCCGCCCUCCACCACUUUGAGCCCGGGGAAGAUGAGCGAGGCGCUCCCGCUGGCCGGCCAGGAGAACAGCGGCGCCCUGGUGGGGAAGCUGAGAACUGCAGACCGCAGCAUGGUGGAGGUGCUAGCGGAUCACCCCGGGGAGCUGGUCCGCACUGACAGCCCCAACUUCCUCUGCUCCGUGCUCCCGACGCACUGGAGGUGCAACAAGACGCUGCCGAUUGCUUUCAAGGUAGUGGCCUUAGGCGAUGUCCCUGAUGGGACACUGGUCACAGUAAUGGCUGGAAAUGAUGAAAACUACUCUGCAGAGCUCAGAAAUGCUACAGCUGCCAUGAAAAACCAAGCAGCAAGGUUCAAUGACCUCAGAUUUGUGGGUAGAAGUGGAAGAGGGAAGAGCUUCACCCUAACCAUCACAGUCUUUACAAAUCCUCCGCAAGUAGCCACGUAUCAUAGAGCCAUCAAGAUAACGGUGGAUGGACCUCGAGAACCCAGAAGACAUCGUCAGAAACUAGAUGAGCAGACAAAGCCCGGGAGCUUGUCCUUUUCAGAGCGUCUGAGUGAACUGGAGCAGUUGCGUCGCACAGCCAUGAGGGUCAGCCCACAUCACCCAGCCCCCACACCUAACCCACGAGCUUCCUUGAGCCACACCACUGCUUUUAACCCUCAGCCUCAGAGUCAGAUUCAGGAUUCAAGGCAAGUACAGCCAUCUCCUCCAUGGUCCUAUGAUCAGUCCUACCAAUACUUGGGAUCAAUCGCCACGCCCUCAGUGCACCCUGCCACUCCAAUUUCACCUGGGAGAGCUAGUGGAAUGACAUCCCUCACUGCGGAACUCUCAAGCCGACUCUCAAGUGCUUCUGACCUAACAGCAUUCAGUGAUCCCAGGGUGGGAAUUGAUCGCCCAUUCUCCACUCUUCCUUCAAUUUCUGAUCCUCGUAUGCACUAUCCUGGAGCAUUCACCUACACCCCAACGCCUGUCAGUUCAGGAAUAGGAAUUGGUAUGUCUGCUAUGACCACUGCCACAAGAUAUCACACUUAUCUCCCUCCUCCAUAUCCUGGUUCUUCUCAGUCUCAAGGUAGCCCAUUUCAGACCAGCUCACCUUCUUACCAUCUCUAUUACGGGACAUCAGCAGGGUCAUACCAGUUCUCCAUGAUGUCUGGGGGAGAUCGGUCACCCCCACGUAUCCUCCCUCCUUGCACUAAUGCUUCCACAGGGUCUACUCUCCUCAACCCCAAUCUUCCAAACCAAAGCGAUGUGGUGGAGGCAGAAGGUAGUCACAGCAACUCCCCUACUAACAUGGGCACCACAGCAAGGCUGGAAGAAGCGGUAUGGCGACCAUAUUGA